AUGAUAAGACAUCUUGAUAUUUUUACGAACGAACGUCGUCUUCAACAUCAAUCAUCGUUGAAUCUUUUGAAGGAAACACGUCUUGGCAUUGAGGGUGCUUUUUGGUUACGUAAACUCUUGCAGAAUUCAGGGAAAGAACCUGCUACAGCUGCCAUAGGUGGGAUACCAAUAGGUUUAAGAGGCGCCAUCGAAAAGGAAUUAGAAUUAUUAAAAUCAUUUGGGAUAAUUCCAUUUUUCGUUUUUAAUGGGCUCAGUGUGAUUCGUAAAGAUAAACCUUUUUCGACAGAAGAUACCAGACCAAACAAACGUGCACAAGCUUGGGAUGCUUAUGAAAAGGGAAAACAUGAUCAAGCAUAUAAUACUUGGGCAUCAUCAAACUCAAUUCAUCAACCUGAUCUUCUCUAUUUCGUUUUUAACGUGUUAAAAGAAAAUGAUGUUGAAUUUAUGCGAGCUCCAUAUUCUGCUUGGGGACAGUUGGUCUAUUUGGAACGUCAUCCUAAAGGAUUCAUUCAUGCCAUAUAUGGAGGAUCAGAAUUGUUAAUGUACGAUGUUGAGAAAGUUAUCGUUAAUUUAGAUUUGGAGAAGGGAACAUAUAAUUGGCUCAGCAAAAAAACAAUUUUGAAUGAUCUUGCGAUCUCUGAUGAACAAUUUCUUGAUGUUUGUAUAUUAGCUGGAUUUGAAUAUUGCGGCACAUUCCCACCUCUUAAUACCGAGUUUUCCAGUUUCACCUUUAAAAGCGUACACGAUCUGAUUAAGCAAUACAAAACUGGAUUUAAUGCGGUACAAAAUUACGCAGAUCAUGCAGGAGUAAUAAAACAAAAUUAUAUGGACAUAUUCUGUCGAACUAGAUGUGCCAUAAAAUAUCAUCUAGUGUUGACUGACGAGGGAAGAGUUGAGCCAUUAAACGCAGAAAAUGCGCCCAGUGAUAUACAUGAAUUUAUUGGCUAUCGAUUACCAGAUGAGAUUUAUUAUUAUUUAUCAAAAGGAUUAAUGUCUCCUCAGGUUAUUAAUACAUUGAUCUCAGGAGUGCUUAUCGAAAAUCCGCCGCUAUGUAACGGUGAAACUCAAGAAUAUCGAAGGUUUCUCAAUGAAUUACUCGAAUUGCGCGCACAAGCCAUGGGCUUACUCACUCAGCCUUUACACCAGUUUUAUCAAUCGAGAAAGGUUGUAAGUCUCUAUUGGUUUGAGCCAAAUGUCGAACAUAUUUUAAAUCAUAACCCGAGUGUACAUGAAAUAUUGAGUACAUGGAAUGUAUUGGAAAGAGGAUUAGAGGAUGAAAGAAAGACACAAAAGACUUCUAAUAUUGAUUUUGUUUUUUGUCUAAGAGCAACAGCGACUGAUGAUCAAGCAGCGAAAACCAUUAUGCCGAAAAAUAAUGAUAAGCUUAUUGAUAGCAAAGAAGAAAUUUUGGCAAAUGUUCAAUGGGAAUUACUACAAUUGCGAAAGUUUCUAACUUCUUCACAUACACAUACUCCAUGGGGUGUUGCAUUCAAAAAAGCUCUUGGAUCUUCAAAAUCCAAUUCUUCACAUCAAGAACAAUUAUUUUCCGCACUUGAAUUGAUCCGUUUUGGAUAUUUAAGUGGAAAUCCAUAUAGUCGCUCGUAUUCUGGGAGCCCAACAGUUGGCACUGAAGAGGAAAGAAAACACAUUUUGUUAAUCUCCCGAACUUUGAGUAUGGUAUCGCCUAAUUACCAGGGGAUACCUUGGGCUGGACCUAUCAACAGAGAACUUUUAGCAUUCAAUAGUUUUGUUAAAGCACUCAAUCGAUCAUUACGUAAUCUGUGUGAAAUGCUUACCUUAUCGACUUUCUUAAAUCGUGAUUGCUUGAACGAAAGGGGUGAUUAUUUAGAUAUAGCCUUAAGUUUGCCAUUUGUGCAAGACGUGAAUACUGGAUUAGGAAUCAUCGUUAAAACAUAUCUCGAAAAUAUAGUCACUUUAUCCAUCGAAAAGGAUAACAAGAUUUCAGAUUUUCAUAUCAAUGAAACAUUGAAGAAAUUGGAAGAGAUGUUCACUGCGUGUAUCAAUGUGAAAUCUGAUUUGAGUGACGGAUUCUCUUUUUGGGAUGAAGUGAUCGUAGCUGUCAAGAACUUGAAAUCAAGCGGUGACAUAUCUAACGAUUUAGCAUCUCAAUUUCUAAAUGCAAAUCAAUGGCUUUCAGCUAGGCGAUUUUAA